GAGGCAGUGACCACAGGGACGAGCUGGCUGAUUCUGGAUGAGGAGGGGAGGUGGGGCCUGAGGACCCGAGUGUGCUCUGGCGCUCCAGUGCUGGCUGAGGAAGUCUGCAAGGAGGGGGCGAGCAAGGAGAAGCCGGAGUCAGAGACACCUCCGCCGGCCCUCGCUGCGAGCGCCAGGACGACCGUGCGAUGACGGCCGGGAGCCCCGGAGACGGCGGCGCGCGCAGGAGCCCCGAGGGCCGCGUCUCGCGCCUGGGCCGCCGCUUGGGCCGGCGCCGGCGGCCGCGCUCCCCGCCAGAGCCGCUGCGGGUGCGGGCGCGGCUGCGGCUGCGCUCGCCGUCGGGGGCGUUCGCGGCGCUGGGCGCGCUCGUGGUGCUGGUGGGCAUGGGCAUCGCCGUGGCGGGCUACUGGCCCGGCCGCGCCUCCCACGCCCACGGCCCGAGGACCGGCCGCGCGCACGGGCCGCACGAGCGCCUGCGGCUGCUGGGCCCGGUAAUCAUGGGUGUCGGCCUGUUCGUGUUCAUCUGUGCCAACACGUUGCUCUACGAGAACCGCGACCUGGAGACCCGGCGUCUCCGCCGGGGCGUGCUGAGGGCGCAGGCGCUGCGGCCGCCCGACGGCCCUGGCUGGGACGCGCUGCUGCCCAGUCCCGCGCAUGGGUCCCCGGGCGCCGUCGCAGAACCCGAGACUUGGGACCUGGCCCCGAGGAGGGGCCCCUCGCCCGUCCCGUCGGUGCGCAGCCUACGGUCCGAACCUGCCAACCCUCGCUCGGGGCUGCCUGCCCUGCUCCACAGCUACCCGUUGAAGGGCCCGGGGCUGCCACCACCCUGGGGCCCUCGGACUCAGACUGGACAUGUGAUUAUCACGGUGCAGCCCUCUGGUUCCUGCAUUGAGCACUCCAAGUCUCUGGACCUGGGCCUGGGGGAGCUUCUUCUGGGGGCUCCAGCAGCUCGGGACUGUGCCCACCGAAGCUGGCCACGGCUGGACCGACUCAGUUUGGGGGGCUAUGCUAAAUUAGGAGGGGAUUUGGGGGCCCGGGUCUGAGGUGCAAGGUAUAACCUGCUGUGAGGCUACCAGUGUGGACCAUGGGACUGGGACACCAGAAGUCCAGUGCCCAGUAGCUGCUCCAGUCACCUCCGAGGCUAGGAUGGAUGCUAUGUGGUGGCAGCAGCCGCUAAGGCUCCUACCUGCAUGUGUAGCAGUGCUCCGGGGGCGUGUGUUAAUGUGGACACCAGCAUGAUUCAGCCUCAGGAAUUUCUUCAGCCCGUGUGGCCUUAGCCCAGGAGCGGCACCUGAAGGGCUGCUGGGUAGGCCAACAGCAUCCUGAGAUGCCCGGGGUACUUUGGCAAACAGCAGUGAUAGGUUGGGAUGUCUCAGGCCGAGACAGGCUCCAAGAUGGCGGUCGUGAUGGAAAUGGGACCACGGGGGAAGGUGGGCAGUGAGGUGAAUGAGACCUUCUGCAGCUGUCUGGGCAGUGACUGCACCUCUAACUGCCACCACCUCAGGUCAGUUCUUCCCUCAGCUAAGCCGGCUCUGUCCUGGCAGGGCUAACUACUGCCAAAGCCCUGACCCUGGGAUCAAACUGCUCCCCUGGAGACAGGUCUGUCUGCCCGUGCCCCUGUGCCGCAGUUCCCCCAGCUGCCAGAGGUGCCCACCAGGUCUCAGCACGUCCGUCCUACUGUACCCUGGCCAGUGUGGGCGGCUCACUGUACAGGGGCCGACACUUCCCUUUCAGUCUCCCUUCCCAGGUUUAAUUUCUCCACACUUUUGCUAGAAGAGAACUUUAAAAGUUGAUCAAUCCUCACAGUCAGGUUUUGUUUUUUUUUUUAAGUUUAUUGAAAAAUGCCAUACAAGAAGCAAGACCAAACACUUACCUAAACACUACAGCCACAUCUGUCACUACGAAAGGCGCAGACAGCAGGCCCAGGUACUGCCUAUCUCACCUAAGGGGUUUUUCGGUUGGACUCUGCCGGCAUAGUUCCUAUUUUGUCAAAUGUAAACAACUACUUGAUAUGAUUCAUAAUUUUUAAAAAAUUUACAAAGCUCCUUCAUUUUUUUGUCAUGAAAAUAAUAUAUCUGAGAGAGAUUUGUAAAAACAAACAGCCUGGGGCUGAUAUUUCCCAUGAACAGUGGGGGUGCUGGCCAGACCUUAGCAACAGCUCCAUUUCUCAAAAUGGGCCAGGGCCCCCAGACCCCAGAAUCCAUCCCCCAGAACUCCGCUGGCCUGGGGGAGGGCCCCGGAGUCAGCCUCCUUGGGCCCUUGGCUUAGGAAUAUAGGGCUUGCUUUGUGGGUGGGUGGCAGAGAUCUCAUGUGGUUUGAAGGAAAUCUACUUCUGAAGUAAAAAUAAAACUGCAGUUGGAAUUGUUACUGUGGUGUGCCUGAGUCACUUUGGGAAAAGUCCUGCCAAGUCUCUGACCCUGGAGAUGGGACUCCCCUCCCCCCUCACUCCUUCUACCUGGACAGAGCCUGUUCUUCACACACACACAACUGCAGAAAGAAAGAAAAUCCAAACAAUUACCAUAUCCCAGGAUCUGUUGCCAGAGCCAGCAAAGGAGGGGGAGGAGCUGGAGGGACAUCAGAAUUCUGGUCCAAUUUCCAGACAGGCGGCAGCAGAGGGGCAGAGUUCAGGUACCCGGGUAUGAGGUCCUGAGUGGGAUGGCGCAGUGCCAGUGGGCAGGCUCCUGCUGCUGCUCCUUUUCAGAGCUGGUGGCAGCUAGAGCCCGUGCUAAUCCACCCCUGCAGCCCAGCCUUCUGUGGCUCAGUCCCAGUCUGCAGUUCACUUCUGAGAACGGAACCAAGCCUGUCCCUCUCCCAUCUGGGCUCCCCUCCGUAAAGCAAGCUGCCAUUGGUAACGGUCUCAUGACAGCUAAAAGAAAACUGCACACUCAAAACCAGUUCAAAGUUGCUGAGUUCAGAUGAAGGGCGAGCAUUCAGCCGGAGGCUGCUGUGGCUUCCCGCUCUGCCCCUGCUCACGACCCUUCAGGCCCGCCAUGGCUGCCCGGGACCCGCCGUCAGGCCUCGGAAAGUUCAUUCCAGCCUAGAAUUAGGAUUCUACUAAUCUUCCAGGCAGGUGUUUAUAGGAAGUUAGCUGGAAGAUUACAGAGGCCAUGUUUGGGGGGGGGGGGGGGGGGGGGGGUGGG